AUGCUCAGCGCCUGGAGAUACGGCUCAGACACAAAAGAGGUCGCCGUCGCGCGGGCCUACGACCCUGCCAACGGCCGCUCCAGCAAGAUCCAGGCUUGCAAAAUCUGCCGCGAGAAAAAGACCCGCUGCGACGGCGACGGCUACGGCGCCUGCAACAGAUGCCGCUGCAAAGGGCUGACGUGCGAGUACGCCGGCUGCGCCAAGCCCAAGAGGUCGCCGCGCCUCUCCAGGUCGACCGCCGCCUCGUCGAUAUGCAAGCCCCGUCCCCAGUCGGCCCGGAAGCACGGGCUCCUCGGCGCCGGCGCCGACUCCGACUCCAGCGACGCGCGAUCCGACAAGACCGUCUCGCCGGUGCCGUGGCACAUGGGCGUGGGCAUGGGCAUGGGCAUGGGCGCGGGCGCGGGCCCGCUGCCCGUCUUUGACGCCGCGGCCAACUUCGCCAUUGACCCUCUGCUGCUGCAGGGCGUGCACGAGCCGUGCGGCACCGGGUUCGAGCUCCCAGGCACCGCCGGCCUGGACACGCAGUACCUCGUUGCCGGGAGCGUGUGUCACGGCCUGCAGGACAGCGGGUUCCACGUGUCCUGGGAGCACGGGGAUGACGAGGCCCCAACUCCAAGGCAGUACGGGCACGGGCACGGGUACGAGUCGAGGUGGUCGCUGAACGGAGUAGCAUAA